AAAGCAAAAGCUGAAGCGAAAAGAAUGGGGUGGGAGAGCUACGUGGUGGUGCACAACAUAGCGAAGAGGCACAACGUGGGAACACUGGCUCGUAGUGCCACCGCGUUUGGCGUAUCGGAACUUAUCCUCGUUGGUCGCAGAGACUUCAACUCUUUCGGGAGCCAUGGCUCCUCCUCCCACCUUGGAUUUCGACACUUCCACUCCCUGCAAGACGCUCGCAACUUCCUCAAAGACAAAGACUGUGAUAUUUGCGGAGUUGAGAUCACACACGAUGCUCUCCCUGUCAAUCGCCAUCCUUUCACUAAGACCACCGCAUUCCUACUCGGCAACGAAGCUACUGGCCUUUCUCCUAAAGAAUGUGAAAUAUGCGACUUUUUCGUCUAUAUCCCGCAAUAUGGCGGCGGCACUGCUUCCUUGAAUGUUACUGUAGCUGCUUCCAUUGUACUCCAUCAUUUUGCAGUCUGGGCAGGUUUUACAGAGAGAUCUCGUGAUGGAAAUAAAUUUGUUGUGGCUGAGAGACCCGUAAAACAGAAUCGACGAAAUUACUGCACUGAAGCAGAAGAAUCUAUCAUUGAAGAGCGUAAAGCUAGAAGAGAAAAUGCUGCCAAUGGUUUCUUUGAUGAGACUGAGAGUGGCAAUUCAUCUUCAAACCUCCUUGAUGCACUAUUUGUUGAUGAUUGAUGGAAAAUGUAUGAUUUAUUGAUCUUUGGGAUUGUUGGUUUAUGACUUAAAUGCUUCAGUUGCAAUAGAGGAUAAACAACAUCUUGUCUAUUUAAUGGGGAUUGGGGAAAACCGACUAUUACAUGGCUGGCUUUUAUGCAACAUUUCAAACAGAACCAUUAGCUGGAGGAAGGUCACUACUGAGAUUAGGAAUGUAUAAUGUAACAAAUGGUGAGUUUGCUACCACUGCAACCAGCGAUAGGAUAUGAAGUUGUUAAAAUCAAUAUUGUUCUUGUAACAUGAUAGUGCCAUUUGCUUUACUGGUGAUUAUUAAAACCGCUUAAAUGAUAGAUGUAUUCCUGAGGUAUUCUAGUAGAUAUUACAUUGUACUUUGUUUCUGUGAAAAUGAUUUACUGAGGAUUUCUGGCUUGUAUGAUGGAUAA